CGCGUGCGCGGGGAGGAUGCGGCCGGGCGCGGCACCCGCUGCGGCGCUGACGGACGUGGUUGAGGAAUACCCACAUCCCUCUGGACCUUGUGAUCCCCUCUGUGCUGGCACAGCUGGUUAUUGUAGGAGGACGUUGAACUUGACCUGAAUUGAUCGGGCUGGAAAAGUCUCUGGACAGAAGGGUCAUUCUAGAAGCUAUGGACAUACUGUUUAGGAUAAGAGGAGGCUUGGACCUUGCAUUUCAGCUAGCAACUACUGAUGAGGCAUCAACAAAAAAGGCAUUAGGAUAUGUUUUCAGUGAUCUUGCAAACAAACUGUCCUCGGAUGUUCUUAUAUUAAGAAUUUGCCACAGUUCAAUCUAUGUGUGGCCUAACAGUGGCAUGAACACUGUUCCAGAGCUGACUGAUGAGUCUGCUUGUAAGGAGAUAAGAAAAUAUAUACAAUUUGAUCAAGAUGAUGAGACCAAACGAAAGCUUGGCAAAAAAAAGGAUAAAAAGUUACAAGAUACGCAGCAGAUAGUCAAUAUAGACCUUAUGCUGGAAAUGACGUCUUCAUUACCUGCUUUGGCUCCAGUCAUUGAACGGGAAAAUAAAGACCACCACUACAUAAAUAUGACAUUACCAGUUGAUGUUGUUGUAUCUGUUUCUCCAGAGGAAACAUGGGGAAACGUACAGAAUCUCCUGGUGAAAGCAAUUCACAGGCAACUAACUGACAUGGAAAGAUGUAUCAUGAAAUAUGUGAAGGGAUCAUCAAUUGUGGUACCAGAACAAUUUCAUUUCAUGUUACCAGGGAAAAACCACCUUGUAACCAUCUCUUACCCUACAGGUAUUUCAGAUGAUCAACUGGAGAGUUACAGAAAGGAAUUGCACGGGUUAUUCAACCUGCCUUGUGACAGACCCUAUUUCAAGAGAGCAAAUGCUUAUCAUUUUCCAGAUGAACCAUAUAAAGAUGGAUAUCUCAGAAAUCCACAUUUACAUGUUAAUUCACCUGGUAUGGAGUCUGGUAUGGUCUGUUUAGUACAUGGUGUCUAUAGUUACCACCACUAUAUGCAGGAUCGGAUUGAUGACAGUGGUUGGGGCUGUGCCUAUCGGUCUUUGCAGACAGUCUGUUCUUGGUUCAAGCACCAAGGUUACAUUGAUGCACCUAUACCAACACACAAGGAGAUUCAACAGGCACUGGUUGAUGCUGGAGACAAGCCUGCAGCAUUUGUUGGGUCACGGCAGUGGAUUGGGUCUAUUGAGGUACAACUUGUUUUGAAUCAGCUUUUUGGAAUAACAUCAAAAAUAUUAUUUGUCAGCCAGGGUUCUGAACUGGCAUUGCAGGGAAGAGAGCUUGCUAACCAUUUCAAGACUGAAGGAACUCCAGUUAUGAUUGGUGGAGGCGUUUUGGCUCACACAAUAUUAGGAGUGGCUUGGAAUGAGAUUACAGGGCACAUCAAGUAUUUGAUUCUAGACCCACAUUACACUGGAGGAGAAGAUCUGCAUGUCAUUUUGGAAAAGGGCUGGUGUGGAUGGAAAGGCCCUGAAUUCUGGAACAAGGAUGCCUAUUACAAUCUCUGCCUACCUCAACGACCCAAAACUAUUUAAAAUCCACUCUUCUGCUGGAACAUGCUAAAACAGAAUACUGGCUGGUCUAGAUAAUGACUGUUAUGUUAAUACUCAAAACCAUGCUUUCAGUCAGUCAGAACCCAGGUGAAACCAAAAUGUUGCUGGUUAAAGAAUUUUAUUUUUUAAUGAAACCUUUAAAAAUAAGAGUUAUCUGCUGUGAACUGUAUUUCUUACAAAUACAUUUAUUAGGUAACUAAUAUUAUUCUUUUGGCAAGGACAACUUUAUGUUCAUACAGCAUUUUUAUUAGGCUAAGAUCCUUACAGAUUAAAUGCCUAAUCCUUUUAGUUAUGGAAUUCUUUCUUGCCAAAAAGACUAAUUGCCCUCUGCCUGUCAAGUCACAUAGCACCAGCUGCCUUGUGCAUGACGAAUACAGACCAGGGUAUGAUUGCUGCUGGUACUGUUGAUAACAUUGGAGGUGUGGGAGAAAAAUGGCUUUAUGUAAUGAAUUUUAUGAACUUUGUUCUCACAUUUAAACAGGAAAAAAGAGAGGGAAUUGUUAUAUACUCCAUUUAUUUAUAGCGGUAUGAGUAACAACUAUUCUAGGGGAGAAAACCCAACCGAACAACGUAACACCAACAACACAACAGUCUUCUUUAAGAAGUAGAAACAAACGAGCUUUCGUCCUUCUUGGAAGGAGACAAUGUACCAGCACAUACAUACACAUCUGGCUGCUCAUGUAUAGUAUAGUCAUGCUUCUUCAGACUUCAGAUUCCCCUUGAUUUCAUUUUGGGAUAACAAGCUGUUUUUCAGGAGACCAGAUCUGUCAUACAAACAAACGAGUAAUUCUGUAGCUGCUUUAUCAUUACAUCAGUAAAAUUACCUGGGAUUCCA